AUGAAGAUUCUCACAAAGGAAGAAGAGGAGGCGCACUACUCAGCUGUCGUCAAGGGCGGUCUCAUCGGAGGUGGUCUUGGUCUUGCUGUUGGUGUUGGAGGCGUCAUGUUUGCUUCAAGGCGAUACCCUGCUUUCCGCGGCCUCACAAUCCCCUUCAGAACGUUCCUCGUCACAUCCGCCGGCACAUUUGGCGCCAUUAUCAACGCCGAUCGCUGGUCCAUGGAUUUCCAGAAGAAGCAGAACCCCAUGAACUUUUACGAGGACCAGACCCAGCGCGCCCAGCAGGUUGUUCGCGAGAACCAGACGACCUGGGAGCGCUUCAUGGAGUACGGCAAGGAGAACCGCUACUCUAUCGUAUUUGUCUCAUGGCUCGCAUCCAUGGGUGUCGCGUUCGCGCUCGUGAGCCGUUCACCCAUGAACACAGCCAACAAGGUCGUACAGGCCCGUGUGUAUGCUCAGGGCCUGACCCUCGCUGUUCUCAUCAUCUCAGCUGUCUUUGAGAUGAACGACGCCAAGAAGGGUGAGGGUCGCUGGCAGACCGUCAUGGUCGUCGAUCCCGAGGACCCAGAGCACAAGCGACUUAUCGAGAAGAAGAUCCACAAGGAGGAGUAUGAGGGCCAAGACCUCUGGAAGGAUAUGGUCGCUGCUGAGGAGCGACGAUUGGCCGCUAAGAAGCAAGCCGAGAACAAGGCUUAA